GUUUCUGCCUCUCCUGACACACAAAGAUGGCUGCAGCUCUGACUCUCCUUCUCAUUGGCUCGGUGCUGCAAGGUGCCCUGUGUGGAGAGUUUAAGGUCAUAAUACCACAGACUAUAGAGGUUGUUAGUGGAUCCUGUGUGACCAUCCCCUGCUCCUUUGACGUGACGGCCCAGUAUGAAUCGAAGCUAGAUAACACAUGUAAAGCACUAUGGAGUAAAGAUGGAGCUUUUGUGUUUGAUAGCAGCAAGACACAAACAACUACAAACAACGGACAACUGACAGGAAACUUGACCAAAAAAGACUGCACCACAACCCUGAAAAACAUACAACCUGUUGACAACAACAAAAAAUAUUUUUUCAGACUGGAAUGCAGAGGCCUGAGUUAUACUUUUCCUGAUCAAAUCUCUAUUGCAGUCAGAGGUAUACCGACUCUGACUCCGACUCCGUCCACACUGGAGGUGAAGAAAGGAACCUCAGUGAGUUUGACGUGCUCUGCUCCAGCUCCCUGUCUGUCUCACCCUCCAACUCUGACAUGGACCCCCGGCCUCGGUGACAGUCAGGAGACACUGCAGGAGAAUCAGGACAAAACUAAAGUCCAGACCUCUGUUGUCAGCUUCACUGCUUCUCACCUCCAUCAUGGAAAGACAAUCUCCUGUACUGCCACCUACAACAAACAAGAUGGCAGCACUGAGUCAGCUGUUAGCACAAGUUUAACAGCUGACAUUUCAUAUUCACCCCAAAAGACCACAGUGUCAGUCCGUCCCCUGGGUCCAGUAUCAGAGGGCAGAGAUGUGACUUUGACAUGCAGCAGCAGCGCCAACCCGCCAGUAAAGACCUACACCUGGUACAGAGCUGAUGGAGGCCAGGAGACUUUUAUUGGGAGCGGAGCUGUUUUAAACAUUAAAGCAUCUAAAGACAACAGUCUGUUUUUCUGCGAGGCUCAAAAUGAUCUUGGAACUGGACGAUCAAACAAGAGACAAAUAGAUGUUCAGUACUCCCCCAAACACACAGCGGUGUCAGUCCAUCCUUCUGGUCCAGUACCCGAGGGUAGAAAUGUGACUCUGACAUGCAGCAGCAGCGCCAACCCGCCUGUAAAGAACUACACCUGGUAUAGAGCUGAUGGAGAUCAGGAGACUUUUAUUGAGGCCGGAGCUGUUUUUAACAUUAAAGUAUCUAAAGACGACAAUCUGUUUUCCUGCGAGGCUCAAAAUGAUCUUGGAGCUGGACGAUCAAACAUCAGUCAAAUAGAUGUUCAAUUUUCCCCACAGAUCCUGCCCUCAUCUCAUUGUACCAUAGCUGAAGCCCAGCUCAGAUGUUCCUGCAGGACUGUGGGAAAUCCUUCUCCCACUUUACAGUGGUAUUUGGACGGGUCACCUGUCAAUCACUCUUUUGCAAUAAGCAACCUAAGUGACACAGGUCUGACGAGCAACCUUACUGUGGAUCAACCACAGGAGAAAAAUCUUUCCACCCUGCUCUGCCGCAGCUCCAACUCUCUUGGAUCUGCCAGUCGACAUUUUUGCGUCAACAGCAUUGAGCCUCAAACAUCUGCACAAAGUCAAGUUCUUCUCUUGGCUGUUGCUGGUGUAUCUCUCUGUGUGAACGUCUUCUUCACAGUCUGCAUAGCGUUGCUUUGGAGAGCCAGACAGCAUGUGAAGCCGAAAGAAGAGGACAGAACGUACAUGUCAGUGAAUCGUAGAGACAUGUCUCCAGAAUAUGAUGUCAUUGCCCAAACAACUCCAAAAUGACGAUGUACACUUCCACUGAUGAUGAUCUUGAUAAGUAUCAGAUAACUUUACUUAAGUAUUUCUUGUCAUUAUUAUAUUGAGGCAAACAAGAAAAGUGAUAUGAGUGUUUGUAAAUACAUUUUCUACAGGGUGGUGGGCACAAAACCAAUUUUCAACGUAACAAAUACUUCCUCUAUAAAGUGUGUAAUGCUCCUUUUGGGUUCAAAGUUCAUCAGAGGUGAUUUUUUGUUUUUUUGUUUUACUUUUGUUGAUGUUAAAGCUCUCCUGAUCAAGAGCAGUACAUUUUAUUUGAAACAAAAAGCAAAUUUUUUGAAUGAGGAGAUGUCCGAGUCUUUCUCAUGACUGGCUUCAUGGGAAGUGACAGAAGAGUGUGAAGCCAAUUAAGAGGACAAAGGACAAACUUCAGACCAUCCUGCCAAGAAGAAUGACAGCACUCGUAGAGGCUGUGGUAAUUAUGGUGGGAGUGAAAUGGAAAUUAUUCAUAUAAUCAAAAAGGUAAUCAACAAUAUAAUAUAAAUUAAAAUAAAUAUUUUUAACCUAUGUAAUGGAAACUUUUAGGCCUCUGUACUAUGUGCCACUAAGCAGAAAGAAUGUGAAGUAACUUUACAUUUUAUGUCUUGUCAGGAUAUCACAAGCACAAGUGCCUUACAUGACGUUUACUCUUUGUCAGUGUGUAACAAGCUGUGAGUGCUUUACUUGAUGUCCGAGGACAUGACUAGAUAAGAUGACCCAAACUGCUUUGUCACCUCUCUGACGAUGCUUGUUAAAGACCCCUGACCUCAGCUGUUGUGUAUAAGUAUCUGACAUCUCCUGUAUUCAGGGCUCACUCUUUGCACUCUGCUCCUUCUUGACUGUUUGUUGUGAGUCCAUCUGCAGAUGCUGAAUUAAACUUACAGAAAGACAA